ACGUCAUCACAUUCAUACUCGGCACCGUUCUCAUUUGUUGCUGUCGGUCGCCAGGCAACGCCUCGAAGUGGAAGCUUGUUUCCGUUUUAGCAAUGAUAGCAGGCACAUCCGGUCUGGGUAGCGUCAUCGUUUUCAGUAUGUCUUCAACCGCCAGCACGUUCAUCUUUGGGUUCUACCUCACCAUGGCCGGGUCGUUCCUGGCCGUCACAGGGGGGUUCACCCUCGCCUGGUCGCAGCUCCGCUACUGGAGGUUCAAGCUGGGCACACCCGUCAGCGCCGCCAACUGGGACGACCUCCCGCGACCUUAUCGACGUCGCAGACGACGUCAUCCCAACAGCGUGGUCACGUGGGACCCGGCGCACGGGUAUCCGUAUUCCGGGUACAAGAUUGGAACCUACGAGGGAACCGCGCAGUGGGUGCAACACCAUAGCUAGAGGAGGAAAUAUGUGAUAAAGAAGUUCAUAUUCCGAAUAACAGUUCAUUGGUUGGAUAAGAACAGUUCAUAUAUUAAAUAACAAUUCACUGGUUGGAUAAGAACAGUUCAUAUACUGAAUAACAAUUCACUGGUUGUAUAAGAACAGUUCAUAUACUGAAUAACAUUUCAUUGGUUGGAUAAGAACAGUUCAUAUAUUAAAUAACAAUUCACUGGUUGGAUAAGAACAGUUCAUAUACUGACAAACAUUUCGCUGAUGUGUUUUUCGGCUAUUGGAUGUCAAACUGAGGUAAAUGUAAAACGUACGUGAUGAACCACAUCAAUAUAAGAAUUCAACAGUUAAAUAAAAACAUCACAGAUAA